CCUCACAAUCCACGAAAACGCUCACGACCACGGUCGGACCCCGCCGCAGUUUCGCUUGCCAUCGACACUUUCUCCUAGAAUCUUCUCGUGAACGUCGUCGACGUCUUCGCAGUGCACCACAAGGAUAGCGCGCGUACGGAAGGCUCUGGAGAGGCCACUGUUCUGUUUCUGCACGGGGAAAGUGAUCGAGGAGUGCGUAUUUUUAGACCGGAAGUCUUGGGUUCAAACCCCCGGUAUGCUUACGGUGUAGGGGUGAAUUUAUUGUUUUUUGAGAAUUUUGGAGGGCCCCGGGAUCGACAUGAGGAUGAAUCAAAGACAUUUGACGUUAACCCUCUUUGCCUUUUUAUCUUUGACAUCGUCCUUGGCAGACUCGUCUUUCAACAUCAGCCAGUACACUAAGGACGUUCCAGAAGAGCUAAAACUUGGCGUACAAACCGCGUUGAAGAUAGAAGAGGAAGUUAGAAUUAAUGGAAAACAAAAGAACACAUGUGCACAACAAGAUCCUAUACCUUGUCCACCGGGAAAAUACAGGAGACCAAACGGGGAAUGCAACAACAUCAGACAUCCCAGAUGGGGUAGUAGAGGAACUCCAUUUCUGAGAUAUUUACCUCCAACUUACGCUGACGGUAUCUCACAACCACGUCAAUCCAUCAGCAACCAUGCCCUACCAAGCGUAUCAGAAGUAGCACGUUCCAUCCAGAACACACAGAUAGAAAACCACGAAUCCGUAACCGCCUUACUCGGCGCCUGGGGAGAGUUCCUUCUGCACGACUUGGCCGGAACAGGUAAUCUGAAAGUUACACAAUGCUGCGGCGAUACCGUCGAAAAACACCCCGAGUGUUACGUCAAGUCCACGACGGAACAAUGCAAGGAAUACAUGAGGACUUUACCGACCAUGGAAAUGGAGGAAUGCAACUUCGAAUACAGGAAUCAAAUGAACCUAGCCUCCGCGUUCUUGGACGCUUCGGCAGUAUACGGUAGUACGGAGGCUCAAAUCUCCAAGCUGAGAACUUACGACGCCGGUCUGGUGAACAUAUCUUCUUGCUUCUCCUGCCAAACUAACGCCUUGUAUUCCGCUAUAUUGCGAGAGCACAACAGAAUAGCGGUUAAUCUAGCACAGCUGAACCGCCACUGGCCGGAUGACGUUAUCUUCUACGAAGCCAGGAGGAUUGUAGCUGCUGAAAUACAACAUAUCACAUACAGCGAAUUUCUUCCAAUUGUACUGGGAGAGGAAGCCAUUGUCAACUCAGACUUGAAACUGAAGAGCCACGGGAGGUUCUCCAAAUACUCCAGUUCCCAAAAGGCAGGAAUUUAUAACGCCGUGGCCCUUGGCGCACUUCCAGCUCUCAUGUCAUUGAUGCCCGUCAGUUUGAUGAAUGAGACCGUUUCAAAUUUCGCGGAAAUGAUAGAUAUGCUGAUCAAAUCGCCAGCCCAAGUGCCUAGCUUGCACAUGGCCAUCAACUUGAGGUCGGAUUGGGACACUGCAUCCUUGUUCAUCCACAUGGGUCGAGACCAUGGUCUUCCUGGUUACACGGCUUGGUUGAAUGCCGCCCAAAACUCUUCGAGAAAGUACAAAUUCGAGGAUUUGGAAAAGAUGGGAAUGAAGAGGGAAUAUGUGAAAGCGAUGAAAUAUCUGUAUAUGGAUCCUGAAGAUAUAGACUUCUUGGUCGGAGCAGUCCUGGAAAAACCUGUACCUGGUGCCGUGGUUGGAAAAACCUUAAGCCAUGUACUCAAACAACAAUUCAUCCUCCUCAAGAUAGCCGAUCGUUUCUGGUACGAAAACGAUCUACCACCAAGUUCCCUCACGACGGAUCAACUCGCAGAGAUCAAGAAAACUUCUAUUGCUGGACUGUUAUGCGCGAACACAGACUAUUUGGAUAAAAUUCAGCCAAAAGCCUUCAUCCAGGAGGAUCUAUAUUUGAACGCAAGGAUCUCUUGUGAUCACUAUUCGAUGCCACAGAUGACGCCGUGGUUAGAAAUGGACCAUAUGGCCGAUUUUUCUGAUGAUAUACUGAUGGAAGCCUUGUCCAAAGCAGAACAGGAGGUUCUGGAACGCAGAAAGAUCGAGUUCCAAUCUUGGAAAGAAGGACGAAGCGCAGAUCCGAAAUCUCCAGUUGGUACAGCUGCUUCCUUUAGUAAAGCCAAUAGAGCGGCUUUAAAACUCGCAAACACAUCAUUACUCUUCGAGUUUGCUUCCAAUGAAAUUAUCAACUCUUUACUGAAUCAUCGAAGAAAACGUCAAGUUUUCGAUAACAGUAUAUUUUUCCGUGAGGAACUCUCCAAUGGUCUUCAAAACGUAGAUAUCUCAUCACUGAUAGCCUCUUCCUUCCUUGACGAUCCAACUUGUGAUGACACGGGACCAUGUGACCCAGGCACUCCUUUCAGGACUAUGACCGGCCAUUGCAACAACCUGGCCAAACCUAGCUGGGGAAAAAGUUUAACAACCUUCACCAGGUUGCUUCCGAGCGUUUACGAUGACGGUAUAUCCAGACCAAGAGUUGUGGGGGCUACCGGACAACCUCUGCCUUCUCCGAGGAUUGUUUCAUCUGUAAUACAUCCUGAUAUAAGCAACCUUCACUCGAGAUACACUUUAAUUACUAUGCAGUUUGCUCAGUUCUUAGACCACGACCUCAGCAUGACUCCAAUUCAUAAAGGUUUCCAUGAAUCUAUACCAAACUGUCGAUCUUGCGACAGUCCAAGGACUGUGCACCCUGAAUGCAAUCCUUUCCCAGUGCCUCCUGGGGAUCAUUAUUACCCUGAGGUUAACAUUACGUCUGGUCAAAGAUUGUGCUUUCCCUUCAUGAGGUCCUUACCAGGCCAACAGAGUCUUGGACCAAGAGAGCAAGUCAACCAGAACACAGCUUUCUUGGAUGCCUCUCAGGUUUACGGUGAAAAUCUUUGUGUGCUCAAAGCUCUCAAGGGAGGUAGAGGUAGGAUGAAUGCCACACAGCAUCCAGUGAGAGGCAGGGAACUCCUUCCUCAGUCAGAUUCCCAUCCGGAAUGUAAAUCAGCUUCGGGGCUAUGUUUCAUAGCCGGAGAUGGAAGGGCAUCAGAACAGCCGGCUCUGACGGUGAUCCACACGCUGUAUCUUCGAGAACACAACCGACUUUGCGAGGGUCUGCGUCAAAUAAACCCACAUUGGGACGAUGAGAAAGUAUUCGAACAUGCCAGGAGGAUCUUGAUAGCAGAGAAUCAGCACAUAACCUACAACGAAUUCUUACCGCGUCUCUUGAGUUGGAACGCCAUGAACUUGUACGGGUUGAAAUUGCUGCCACAAGGAUAUUACAAGGAGUAUAAUCCCAAAUGCAACCCGAGCAUAUUGAAUGAAUUCGCGGCCGCUGCCUAUAGGAUUGGACACUCCCUUUUGAGACCUCACAUACCAAGGAUGAACGCGGCUUAUCAAGUCUUAGACCCUCCAAUUCUGCUGAGAGAUGGUUUCUUCAAGGUCGAUAUGAUAAUGCAGCCUGGAAUGGUGGACGAAAUUUCAAGGGGUCUCGUUUCAACGCCAAUGGAAUCAUUGGAUCAAUUCAUAACAGGAGAAGUAACAAACCAUUUGUUCGAAGACAGAAAAAUACCCUUCUCGGGCAUAGAUUUGAUUUCGUUGAAUAUACAGAGAGCAAGAGACCACGGUAUACCAUCCUACAACAAUUACAGGGCGCUAUGUAACCUCAAGAGGGCAACUACAUUCGACGACUUAAGCAGAGAAAUUCCUCCAGAAGUGAUAGCCAGGCUGAAGAGGAUAUACGCAAGCGUAGAUGACAUCGACCUAUUUCCAGGUGGUAUGAGCGAAAGGCCUUUACAGGGAGGACUUGUGGGACCAACAUUCGCUUGUAUCAUCGCCAUACAGUUCAGGCAACUGAGAAAAUGCGACAGAUUCUGGUACGAGAAUAUCGAUCCCACAGUUCGUUUCACGGAGAAUCAGCUCGGCGAGAUACGUAAAUCCACGCUUGCCAAGUUGAUCUGCGACAACAUGGAUCAUCCAGGCGAUAUCCAGAGAGCUGCUUUCGAUUUACCAUCUAACUUCUUGAAUCCGCGGGUUGAUUGUAGGAGUCUGCCUUCAAUAGAUCUUAACGCGUGGAGGGAGAGUGCCAGCAAUGGGUGCAUUAUAGGUGAUAGGCACGUGCAGGUUGGAGAGAGCGCCUUCCCCUCCCCAUGUACCAGCUGCAUUUGCAACAACGACGGGGGUCAAUGUGCUUCUCUCAGAGUGACCGACUGCAACCAGCUCCUUCGUGAAUGGUCCAGGGAGGCUGUCAUGCGCGACGAGGUGUGUACAGCGCAGUGCGGUUUCUUCUUGCACAGGGGCGGAUCGCAGUCCAAUCUGAAUCCGGGCUUGAUACCCCCACCGGCCAGGCACCUUAGGGCGCGACAAAUUGGCAGGACUAAUUUCAACAACUUCAGAAACGACUUUGGCCCUUUCGCAGGGUUCAAGUUUCCCGAUUUAACGCCUUUCAUAGCCAAGUGAGGCGGUUGUGAUAAACAGUGUCAUUCAAGAAAAUAAAAAAAUAACAAAGAAACUUUACGCGAACGCGAGGAAAAUUGUAUAUUGUGUAGAUACGAGUGGUCAUUCACCGAUGUAUAUGGUUUUAUUGUUAUUACCGACGACGAGGAAUUUUUGUUUUGGUAUUGGCGUCGAAAUUUUGAGCUGAUACGUGGAAGUAUGGAUAUAAUAAUGUCGAAGUUUUGUGGAAUGAUUGAUUAUACGAAUUUAGUGAAGAGUAUUUAAAUAAAAUAUUUUAUUUUUUAA